UAUAGUUUGAGUGGAAAGCCAACAUUGUACCCCCUCCACACGAAAAACAUAUUUAAGCGGUAACCUAAGCGAUUGAAAGUUAUUUCAUACAAGCAAGCAAUUGAGGAAGAAUCUACAGUGCAAACAUCUUAUCAAAAUGUUUUCCAGUGACAACAAUGUGUUGGAUUUGAGUGAGGAUCUGUGUAUCGAAGAAUUUUCGAUAAUCCCUUUGUUGGAACUUACAAAACCAAGUGCAGUGCGAUUUAUUUCCAACCAAUCAUCAUUUUCAGAUCACGAUAAUAUUCGCGACUUUGAUGAGAAUUAUGUGUGCAAACCUCAAAUCAGUACGCCCCCAUCCUGUAAAUCAGGAUUCGUUUCAAACGACUUCAAACCAGAAGGCUCUCAAACAGUUUCUACUGUCGGCACCCCAAAAUCACAUGUUGCUACAAAGCGGACACGCACCGCCUAUACAAGCGUACAGCUCGUAGAACUGGAGAAGGAAUUUCACCACAACCGAUACCUUUGCCGUCCCAGGAGAAUCGAAAUUGCUACUAAACUUUCCCUAAGCGAGAGACAAAUUAAAAUCUGGUUUCAAAACCGACGCAUGAAGCAUAAAAAGGAAUCUGUCGGAUAUAAAUGUGGUAGCAGAAUAAAAGAUUCGCACAAUUCUACAAGUCAAUACGAUAAAGUAUCUCAUUACGCUAAAUCUGAAAAAUAUCUGAUUAAUAGUAGCGAGGUCGAUGGACAUCAGAAUAUUGUUAACAGACUAAUGGCACAUGCAACUUUUUCUCCAAACCUUCCAGUAAUAAUCGAUAAACCUGAACUGAUGCAUGAUAACAACACAUUAUCAAAUUGUUCGGCUGAAAGUAAUAACUUCGUCAUGGAUGAAGAUCCCUAUUUAUGCAACAGUGAUGAAUUCUAUAACGGAAAUGAGGUUCCCAACGAACGUUACAGAACUACAUCUUCGCUAAUAAAGCAACAACACCAUUUUCCAUUGUGUAUUGACAAAAUUUUGUACAAAACGCCUAUCUUGAAAGAUGAACCUAUAUUCCACGUACCGACUGUGCAAAAUCAUAAAAAUGUUGAAUCAUUCCAGAAUGCAUACACUAAAAAGUAUUACCUUUCAUCUAUUCCUGUCACCGAUUCAAAAACUGAGUCAAAGCCUUCAGUUACGAUACAGUGGGGAAAUACCAAUAACUAUAAAAACACUGGCACUACACAUAGUCAAAUUCACACUUACAAUGAAUCUAAUAAUUCCGAAUAUUACGAAUUCAUGUCUUUGUUAGAUAAUUCUGUGAUGGAACAUUUACUAUUAUAA